AUGGGUCUUGCGGAAAAUGCCCUGUCACUGGUGACGGCGACCAAUGCCAUCUUGGGUCUUGUGGCCUAUGUCGCGCUCAAGUUUGGUUGGCAAGUUAUUUACUAUCGCUUCUUCAGUCCGCUCGCGAAAUUCCCCGGUCCUUUCUGGGGCUCUGUAACUCGUCUCUGGAUUGCAUGGCAUAAUCUGCAGGAGACCGAGGUACCAACUGUUUACGCGCUUGCUAAGAAAUAUGGCCCUGUUAUUCGCAUUACCCCGACUUUGUUGCUGGUCAGCGAUCACGAAAGGCUCCCGGAAGUCUACCACCGCAAUGCAGACAAGACCGGACACUAUAUUACUGGAAGCUUCGGCGAGACCGAGUCUCUGUUCAGCAUGAGGUCUCACAAGACCCAUGCCGUAUCUAGAAAGCACGUUGCUGGACCGCUUCAGCAAUAUCAAAAAAUGGAGCCACUGAUUGAUGCGCGCAUCACAGAAUGGAGCACCAAACUCAACGAGAAGUUCGUGAAGAGCGGCGAAGCCUUCGACUUCUCCUGGUGGGCAGUUUACAUGGCCUACGACAUCAUCAGCGAAAUCGGCUUCGGCGAGCCCUUCGGCUUCAUCGAAAAAGGCGAAGACAUCGGCGGCCUAAUCCAAAGCUUUCACGACGGCCUCCCAGCCUUCGGUCUCCUAGCCCGCCUCCACCCCUUCACCUCAUGGACUUUCCUCGACGCUACCACAGAAGACGGCAAGCCCCUCGAUCUGCAGUACAUCCGCGCCGAAGUCCUGCUCGUCCUGCUCGCUGGCGCGGACACAACAGGCACCGCCUUCCAGGCCAUGGUGCAGUUCCUCAUGACCAACCCGGACGUGUACGAGCGUAUGAUGGCGGAAAUCGAUAGCGCCGUCCGUAAAGGGCUCAUCUCGGAUAUGCCGCAGUACAAUGAGGUCCUGGAGCACUUGCCUUUCUAUGUUGCCUCUGUGAAGGAGACGAUGCGUCUGUGUCCGUCUGCGCCGACUAUCUUCCCCCGGUAUGUCCCUGAGCCGGGGCUCGAUCUUUAUGGUUAUUUUGCGCCUGCGGGUACGGAGAUUUGCUGUAACCCGUACCUUGUGCAUCGGGAUCCGAAGCUCUAUGGGGAUGAUGCCGAGGAGUUUAAGCCUGAGAGGUGGUUGGAUGCUGAGAAGGCCAAGUCGUAUAAUAAGUAUAACUUUUCGUUUGGGUAUGGGUCGCGCGUUUGUUUGGGGAGGGAUAUUGCUAUGAUGGAGUUGUUCAAGGGUCCUUUGCAGUUCUUCCGUCAAUACAAGCCGGAGACUGUAAAGGGUAAGCCCGAGGCCAAGUUCAUGAUCAAAGGUGGUAUUGGGUACUGGAGAGACGUGUGGUUGACCGUCUCUCCCCGGCCAGAGGUGAAGGCUGAGUAA